AGUGAACCAGAGCCUGCUGAGUCCCCUGAAGCUGGAGGUAGACCCUGACAUCUAGGCUGUGUGCAACCAGGAGAAGGAACAGAUCAAGACCAUCAACAAGUUAGCUUCCUUCAUCAAUAAGGUGUGGAGCCUGGAGCAGUAGAUUAAGAUUCUGGAGAUCAAAUGGAACCUCAUGCAGCAGCAGUAUACAACUCACAGUCACAUGGACAAUGUUUUCGAGAGCUACAUCAACAACCUUCGGCAGCAGCUGGUUCAGGAGGCAGAGUUUGGCAACAUGCAGGGACUGGUGGACGACUUGAAGAAUAAGUACGAGGAUGAGAUCAACAAGCGCACAGAGAUGGAGAAUGAAUUUUUCCUUUCUAAGAAGGUAAGCUUACAUGGAUGAAGCUUACAUGAACAAGGUAGAGCUGGAGUCCCACAUGGAUGGGCUGACCCUGACCGAUGAGAUCAACAAGCAACUGUAUGAAGAGGAGAUUCAUGAACUGCAAAGAUCUCUGACACAUCUGUGGUGCUGUCUAUGGACAACAAUUGCUCUCUGGACCUCGAUGGAAUCAUUGUUGAGGUCAACGCCCAGAAUAUGGACAUCGCCAACCGAAGCUGGGCUGAGGCUGAGUUUCUGUACCAUCAAGUAUGAGGAACUGCAGAUGUUGGCUGGGAAGCAUGGGGGUGACCUGUGCUACAUGAAGACCUAGAUUUCUGUGCUGAACCAGAACAUCAGCGGACUCCAGGCUGAGAUUGAGGGCCUCAGAGGCCAGAGGGCUUCCCUGGAGGCCACCAUCACUGAUGCCGAGCAGCGUGGGGAGCUGGCCAUCAAGGAUGCUCAAUCCAAGGUGAUUGAGCUGGAGGCUGCUCUUGAGAAACACCAAGAAGGACGUGGCCUGGAAGCUGCACAAGUACCAGGAGCUCAUGAAUGUCAAGCUGUCCCUGAAUGUGGAGAUUGCCACCUAUCACAAGUGGCUGGAGGGUGAGGAGAACCAGCUGGAAUCUGGGAUGCAGAACAUGAGCACCCACACCAAGACCACCAGUGGCUACUCAGUUUUUGAUGAUGGUGAUGAGAGGACAUUGAGACGCACCUCACUUUGCUUAAAAGGAGAGAGACAUUUUGCUGAGAGUGAGACACUUGAUCAGCUUCCAUUAACAAAUCCAGAGCAUUUUGGAACUCCAGUAAUUGCAAAGAAGACGAACAGAGGAAGGAGGUCCUCUCUUCCUAUUAAUGAAGAUGAAAAGGAAGAAGAAACUAGUGAAGAUGAAGAUGAAGAUAAGCGACGUCUCAAUGAUGAAUUAUUAGGAAAAGUUGUAAGUGUGAUAUCUACUUCUGAGAAGACCGAAUGGUAUCCUGCUUUGGUAAUAUCUCCCAGUUGUAAUGAUGACAUCACAGUGAGAAAAGACCAGUGUUUAGUUCGAUCAUUUAUCGAUUCUAAAUUUUAUUCUAUAGCAAGAAAGGAUAUCAAGGAAGUGGACAUUCUCAAUCUGCCUGAAUCUGAGCUCUCUGCUAAACCAGGGCUACAGAAAGCAAGCAUCUUCUUAAAAACUAGAGUUGUUCCUGAUAAUUGGAAAAUGGAUAUAAGUGAAAUCCUUGAGUCAUCUAGCAGUGAUGAUGAAGAUGGCCCCCCUGAAGAAAAUGAGGAAGAGAAGGAAAAGGAGGUCAAAAAGGAAGAAGAAGAGGUGCCUGAGGAAGAACUUGAUCCUGAAGAGAGGGACAACUUCCUCCAACAGCUUUAUAAGUUUAUGGAAGACAGAGGUACUCCAAUCAACAAACCACCUGUUUUGGGCUAUAAAGAUCUCAAUCUCUUCAAACUCUUUAGACUGGUUUAUCAUCAGGGUGGAUGUGACAAUAUUGAUAGUGGUGCUGUAUGGAAGCAAAUUUAUAUGGACCUUGGCAUUCCUAUUUUGAAUUCAGCUGCUUCCUACAAUGUAAAAACUGCAUAUCGAAAGUAUCUUUAUGGUUUUGAAGAGUACUGCCGUUCUGCAAAUAUCCAGUUCAGAACUAUUCACCACCAUGAACCAAAAGUAAAAGAGGAAAAAAAAGACUUAGACGAAUCAAUGGAAGAGGCUCUAAAACUAGACCAAGAAAUGCCUUUAGUAGAAGUAAAGAGUGAACCCGAGGAAAAUAUUGAUUCAAACAGUGAAAGUGAAAGAGAAGAAGUAGAAUUAAAAUCUCCACGGGGACGAAGGAGAAUUGCUCGAGAUGCAAAUUCUAUUAAAAAGGAAAUUGAAGAAGAGAAAACAGAAGACAAAUUAAAAGAUAAUGAUACAGAAAGUAAGGAUGUGAAUGAUGACUAUGAAACUGCAGAGAAAAAAGAAAAUGAGCUACUACUGGGGAGAAAAAAUACACCAAAGCAAAAGGAGAAGAAAAUUAAAAAGCAGGAGGAUUCUGACAGAGACUCAGAUGAAGAGGAAGAGAAAAACCAAGAGAGGGAAGAAACUGAAAGCAAAUGUGACUCUGAAGGAGAGGAAGAUGAGGAAGAUACGGAACCCUGCCUAACAGGAACCAAAGUAAAAGUAAAAUAUGGACGGGGAAAAACGCAGAAAAUCUAUGAAGCCAGUAUUAAAAGCACUGAAAUUGAUGAUGGAGAAGUUUUAUAUUUGGUACAUUACUAUGGUUGGAAUGUGAGGUAUGAUGAAUGGGUGAAGGCUGACAGGAUAAUCUGGCCUUUGGACAAAGGUGGACCAAAGAAAAAACAGAAGAAAAAAGCUAAAAAUAAAGAAGACAGUGAAAAAGAUGAAAAGAGGGAUGAGGAGAGGCACAAGUCAAAACGAGGACGACCUCCUUUAAAAUCUACCCUUUCGUCAAACAUGCCAUAUGGUUUGUCUAAGACUCCAAACAGUGAAGGAAAAUCAGACUCUUGUUCAUCUGAUAGUGAAACAGAAGACCUUUUAGAAAAGAAUUUGAUGAAUGAAGAACUUUCUCCUGAUAUUAAAGAAGAACUAGAAAAAAAUGAAAAUUUAAAUGAUGAUAAACUAGAUGAAGAAAAUCCAAAGAUUGCUGCACAUGUAUUAAAGGAAAAUGAUAGGACUCAAAUGCAGCCUUUUGAGACUUUGAAAUUAGAUGUUGGAGAGAAUGAACAAAUAGUACAGAUUUUUGGAAAUAAAGUGGAACAAACAGAAGAAGUUAAGAAAGAGGCAGAAAAGUCCCCUAAAGGAAAAGGAAGACGAAGCAAGACAAAAGAUCUUUCUUUAGAAAUUAUAAAGAUUUCAUCAUUUAGUCAAGAUGAAGCAGGAAAUGAACCUCAUAUAGAAACUCAUAGUCUAGAAUUUUCUUCAUUAGACAGUAAAACCUUUUCUUCUGCUACUGAAGAUGAAAUUGACCAAUGUGCAAAAGAAAAAAAGUUGAAACGGAAAAUACUGGGACAUUCAUCACCAGAGAAAAAAACAAGAAUUGAGAACGGAAUGGAAAUGACAAAUAGCAUAUCUCAAGAAAGGACCAGUGAUUGUGUUGCAUCUGAGGGAAUGAAAAACUUAAAUUUUGAAAAACACUUUGAAAUAGAAAAUGAAGGAAUGCCGUCAUUGAUAGCAGAGUCAAACCAAGGCAUUCAAGAAUUGACUAGUGAGAAAUUUGAUAGUCCAGCUGAAGAAACUGUAAAUACUCCACUGAAAGAAGAAGAGGAUACAAUGCCUCUGAUUGGGCCUGAAACCUUGGUUUGCCAUGAAGUCGAUUUGGAUGAUCUGGAUGAAAAGGACAAGACCAGUAUUGAGGAUGUAGUAGUUGAAAGCUCUGAGUCUAACUCGCUUGUUUCUAUUCCAUCUGCCCUACCUCCUGUUGUACAGCAUAACUUUUCAGUAGCUUCACCACUUACUCUCAGUCAAGAUGAGUCUCGAAGUAUAAAAAGUGAGAGUGACAUAACCAUUGAAGUGGAUAGUAUUGCUGAAGAAUCCCAAGAAGGCCUCUGUGAGAGGGAAUCGGCAAAUGGAUUUGAAGACAGCAUCGCCUCUGGUACCUGUAGUAUAAUUGUUCAAGAAAGAGAGAGCAGAGAGAAGGGUCAGAAAAGACCAAGUGAGGGAAAUAGCGGAUUAUUGGCAAAAAAGCAAAAGCGUACCCCAAAGCGAACAAGUGCUGUAGCCAAAAAUGAAAAGAAUGGAACAGGACAAAGCAGUGAUAGUGAAGAUCUUCCUGUCCUAGACAAUUCAAGUAAAUGUACUCCAGUAAAGCAUCUUAGUGUAUCUAAGCCACAGAAGCUUGCACGAUCUCCUGCCAGAAUAUCCCCUCACAUCAAAGAUGGAGAAAAAGAUAAACACAGAGAAAAACAUCUGAAUUCAUCCCCUAGGACAUAUAAGUGGAGCUUUCAACUCAAUGAAUUAGAUAAUAUGAACAGUACAGAGAGAAUCUCUUUUCUCCAAGAAAAACUACAGGAAAUCAGAAAAUAUUACAUGUCUUUAAAGUCUGAAGUUGCAACCAUCGACAGGAGGAGAAAAAGAUUAAAAAAGAAAGACAGAGAAGUGUCUCACGCAGGAGCCUCCAUGUCAUCUGCUUCGUCAGACACUGGAAUGAGUCCCUCAUCAUCAUCUCCCCCACAGAAUGUACUUGCUGUAGAAUGCAGGUGAUACUCGUUUCUCUGCCUUCCCAGCAGUUUGCUGCCAUGGACAUAAAUCCCAAACUCUGAAAUACAACCACAGGAAGCACUCAACUGGCUUGACAUUGCUAAGUAUAUCCUGUCGGCCCUUCCAGGCUGGAUGGUAUCUAUUCCCUUCUUUUCUUUUUUCUGUUGCAAAAAGUAAGCUGAUUAAUAACUGAAAUGUAGGCAGCCUGAUGUAUUUGUCAUAAUUUUUCCUCCAUUUUUUUUUUCAUUUUUUGUGAAGAUAGAAAAAGGGCACUUAGCAAAUAUGAAUUUGUAUAAUAAAGCUUUCAGGUGUUAUAGAAAUCAUAGACAGGCAAGUGCACAUGAUAAACAUCAAAACAUUAUCCAGCUGAAUAGUUACUGCUGCACUUUCACUAAGGUGGACUGAACACUUGGUGAGUAGGGGGUUUAUGUUGUGUGUUUUUGUUUUUUAUUGUCGUUGUUGUUUUUUAUUUUUGUGGAAGCACUUGCUAUGUAGAACUGCCAAAGUAUAUGUUCAGCAGUGUGCCCAGGUUUAAAGGUGUAAAUGGGACAAAAUAAAUUGUGAAAGGAAGUGUAGUUGACUGAAAACUACAGUUGUAAUAAGUCUUCCACUUUUUAUAGUAUUUUUGAGCACACAAUUAUGCAAAUAUUUUAAUGUUUAUUAAUGUUUACAGUGGAAUUGUGAAUAAGUUUUCAGUGGACUAUCUUAUCCCUUGACAAAAAUAUUUUGUCUUUUUUCUAUGUAA